UGACCGUUGGAUAAUUGAACUAACUAACUAAACUAAACAUUUGGAACAUUUUUGGCGGGAAUAAGGGUAUGAGCAGUCUCUCAAUCGGAGGCUCUUCUUCAUUAUCCAUUUCUGUAAAGAUCAAGACUCGUCUCCUUCAACGAUUCACCUCCUUCAAUCAACUCAAACAUGUCCACGCCUUUCUCCUCCGUCUCGGCCUUGACCAACACACUUAUCUCCUCAACCACUUACUCCACCGUAGCUUUGGUUUCGAAAAAAACACUACUCGUUACCCUCGACUCCUCUUCCACCAAAUCAAACAACCCAAUGUUUAUCUUUGGAAUACCAUGAUCCAAGGCUUGGUAUCCGUCGAUUGCUUCCAAGACGCCCUCGAAUUCUACCGUUCCAUGCGGCGAGAGGGGUUUUUGCCGGAUAGUUUUACCUACCCUUUAGUUUUGAAGGCCUAUUGUGGCCUCUGUGAUGUUCAAUUGGGAUUGAGAGUUGUUCAUAGCCUUGUUUUGAAAUCUGGGUUUGAGAAGGAUGUGUUUGUUAGUAAUAGUUUGCUUGGGUUUUAUUCGAAAUUUGGGUAUUUGGAGAGUGCCCUUAAGGUGUUUGAUGAAAUGUCUGAGAGAAAUGUUGUUUCUUGGACUAUUAUGAUUAGUGGGUAUGUUAGUGUUGGUAGAUUUAGUGAGGCUGUGACUAUGUUUAUGAGAUCGGUUGAGAUGGGUUUGAGACCUGAUGGGUUUAAUCUUGUUCGGGUUUUGUCUGCUUGUACUCGGUUGGGUGAUUUGAGGAGCGUGGAGUGGAUUGAUCGGUACAUUAUGGAGAAUGGUUUGGGAAGGAAUCUCUUUGUGGCUACUUCUUUGGUUGAUAUGUAUGCGAAGUGUGGAAAUAUGGAUAAAGCGCUUCGAAUAUUUGAUGGGAUGUUGGAGAAGGAUGUUGUUUCUUGGAGUACGAUGAUUCAGGGAUAUGUUUUGAAUGGAAUGCCUAGGGAAGGAGUAGAGUUCUUCUUACAAAUGCUGAAAGAAAAUAUAAAACCGGAUUGUUAUGCGUUGGUUGGUAUGUUUUCGGGUUGUGCUAGGUUAGGUGCACUAGAAUUAGGGGAGUGGGCGAGCAACUUGAUUGAUAGGAAUGAGAUUUUGUCGGUCCCUGUUCUUGGAACAGCUCUAAUCGAUAUGCACGCCAAAUGUGGGAACAUGGUUAAAGCUUGGGAAAUCUUCAAAGGGAUGAAACAUAAAGACCUUGUGGUCUGGAAUGCAGCAAUUUCUGGGCUAGCUAUGAAUGGACAUGUUGAAGCCGCCUUUGGAUUGUUCGGUCAAAUGGAGAAAUCAGCUAUUCAACCUGAUGAAACCACUUUCAUGGGCUUGCUUUCUGGGUGUGCUCAUGCUGGCCUUGUUGAUGAUGGUCAUAGAUAUUUCAAAAACAUGAGUAGUCUAUUUUCCUUAACACCUUCGAUCGAGCAUUAUGGAUGUAUGGUGGAUCUUCUUUCCCGAGCAGGACAUCUAGGCGAAGCUCAUAAGUUGAUAAAAAACAUGCCAAUGAAAGCUAAUGCCAUAGUUUGGGGAGCCUUGUUGGGGGGUUGUAGACUACAUCGCGAUACUGAAUUAGCAGAACGUGUACUCGAGCAACUCAUCGAGUUAGAACCACAAAGCUCGGGGAACUACGUUCUCUUAUCAAAUAUUUACUCUGCUAACAGGAAGUGGAAUGAGGCAGCUAAUAUCAGAACAAGAAUGAAUGAGCAAGGAAUCCAGAAAACUCGAGGCUGCAGCUGGGUAGAGUUAGAUGGCGUCGUCCAUGAAUUUCUUGUAGGAGACAAGUCUCACCCAUUGUCCGAGAAAAUGUAUGCGAAACUUGAUGAGCUAGGACAGAAACUGAAAGCAGCAUUUGGUUAUGUUCCAACAACAGAGUUUAUGUUGUUUGACAUAGAAGAAGAGGAGAAGGAACAUUUCCUUAGAAGUCAUAGUGAGAAACUGGCUAUUGCAUUUGUUCUUAUCAGUAACUCUUCGAAAGAUUCGAUUAUUCGAGUUGUGAAGAACCUUCGUGUUUGUGGUGAUUGUCAUGAGUUCAUCAAGCUAGUUUCCAAGAUUACAGGGAGAGAGAUCAUUGUUAGAGACAAUAACAGAUUUCAUCGUUUCAUUGAUGGUUUUUGUUCAUGUAAAGAUUAUUGGUAAAACAAAAAUAAAAUACAUGCUUUGUUUUU